ACAAAACCCAACACACUCGUGUCGUCUCGUAUAAACAAACAACUGCCGCCGCAGCCUGUCUCACUGGCCACUCGCAAAGUCGCAAUUGUACGUCCGCGUUUAGCAUAGACACGUACGCCAUCCGUACUCAGUCGCACGUUACAGUUAUUGUUUUUCAAACAUCAACGAGUUCAUCACCGGACCGCUUCCCGGUCAUAGACGAUCAACCGUAAAUAAUUGUGUUCGAGGUGCGUCUGACGAAGAGCGCCGCCAGAACUUGGACGACGAUCACCACAUCGUAACACAACCACCGUCGCCGUCACACAGUCACCAUUACCGCCGCGAUGUCCGAAGUGGCCGCCGAGAACAACGUACCCGUUCAGGAAGGUGAGAAGCGUGGUCGAAAAAGAAAUACAGGAAGUCGUUCAAAUGCAACUAGUGCAACUUAUGCGGAAGCUGAACUGAUAACCAAGGGAUUGAUCAAUACUGAUGAUGUUGAUGGAAGGAGAACGACCAGAUCCUCUACACGAGGUUCAACUGCAGCUUCAAAGUUGAAAAGUGAACCUCCAGCUAAAAAAGAGAAAAAAGUACCAGCUGUUAAAGGCAAACGUGGAAGGCCAAAGGCAGUCUCAAAAGAAGAAAGUGAAGAAGUUGUAUCAGCUGAAGAAAACGGUAUUGCUGAUAAUGAUGUUGACUCGAAAGCUGACAAGGGUGGAAGUUCCACAGAAGAAGAAGUGGAUUCAAAAACUGAAGAUAAAAUUGAGAAUGGAAAUUCAUCUGCUGAAGAAGAGAAGAAAGUUGAAGAGAAAAAGGAAUCAACCGUUGAAUCUGAUAAGCCUGCAGUAACAGAGGAAAAAAAAGAGUCUUCAAGCCCGUAAAAUACGAAUCAAAAUGCUAAAAUACUUUAGUGUUUAAAAUGUUUAGUGUUAAGCAAGAUAUUUAAUACUUAAAUUUAUUCUGAUAGUUAUUAUCAUGAUUUUGGUACAAGUUUAUUUUAAUUUAGUAACUACACAUUUUUUUUAUAACUAGCCUAUCCUGAUGAUAGGCUUUGAUUUAAUUCUGGACAAUUGAAUGAAUUUCUCAUCCCAUGUAAUAAAAAUAGUUCGCAAACACUUUUCACAUAAAAAAAUAAAAAAUGCAUACUGAUGAUUAUGUUACCAUUAUGUGUAUUGUCAUUAUUGGCAAACUUCCUAUCAAAGUUAUUUUGUAUUGGAUUUAAUCUGUCCGAUUAAUAUAAAUAAUUUGUAAUUCACAAUAAUAUUUACUUAUAUCUUUGUAUGUAACAAAAAAAAUUUAUUUCAAAUAAAAUAGAUAAUUUUGUUUAAUAUAAUGUUGACUUUAAACAUAUAAAUAUAUAUGAUUAUUUAUUUCAAAGGAAAUUCAAAUUUAUAUUUUUAUGUUUUUGUGAAAAGAAAUGUAAUUAAGUUGUGCGGAUGAAAAAAAUUCUAAAUAUUUUGCAUGCGUUCAAUAAAAAAAUUAAAAAUAUCUAUUUAUAUAUUACAAUAUACUUAAUACAUAAUAAUAGUACUUUUAAGUCAUUUGUAGAGAAGCAAUCAAAUUGGUCGUAUGUUUUUCAGGUCAGUUCAAAUUGUUCUGUAGACAUUACAUAUUAUGAAGAUUCCUAAUUAGGUAUAUAUGAAAUAUAUAUUUUAUAGGUAUUAAUAUGAUCAAUUAAGUGGCAUGAUUUAUUAAAAGAAAAUUGUUAAAUGCCGUCUACUAUCAUAAAUAGAAUAAUUAAUUUUUUAAAACUACUGUUCUCACUACGUUUACACUUCUAUACAUUUCUUUUUAUAGCGUUAAAAACGAUAUAUAUAUAUACAUAUAAUGUAUUGUUUUACUACAUAUAUUUAUAUUUAUUUUAAUAUAUAUAAUCUGCAUAUAUAGGAUGUAAAUUACUAUUGUGAAUAAGAUAUUAUUAUUUUAAUAUAAAUAUACUAUUAAGUACACUAAUGUAUUUUUACGGCACAACACAGCAAUAUUAAAUUGAAAAUAUUGUAUAAAAGUUGUCAUUUUUUAUUUUACCUAUGCAUAUAUUAUAUUAUAUAAUUUUGAUUUUAUUUUUCAAAUUGUUUUUUUCUAAACGAAAAUAAGUGAUUGCGUUCAAUUAGUAUUUGUAAUUUUUUUGUGGUAUGAUUUUUUUUGUUUUUAAUUUUUUUAUAACCAGAGCCAAAUAUGUCUUCAGAUGUUAAUAUAUGCACGGGAACUUCUAGUAAAA